AUGCGCGAUGAGGGCGUGCGGCCGACGGUGGUCACCUACGGGACCUUCAUCGACGCGUACUGCGUCAUGCGCAGGCCUGACCAGGCGAUGGCGCUCCUCGACCAGAUGCGGGAGGAGGGGAUCCAGGCCAAUCUGCUCACCUGCAACCCCAUUGUCUAUGCGCUUGCACAGGCAGGUCGUUUCGGGGACGCACACAAGGUGCUCGAGAAAUUUCCCCUGUACGGCGUGGCACCCAAUAUCUCGACAUUUAACUCCCUCGUCUUCGGCUACUGCAAGCACGGAGACCUUGCCGGGGCUAGUGGAGUACUCAAGGCCAUGCUGGGGAGGGGCAUUUCACCAACUGCAAGGACAUACAACUAUUUUUUCAUGGUCUUUUCCAGGAAUCGUAGCAUUGAGCUGGGAAUGAAUCUCUACGUGAAGAUGGUCAGCAAUGGCUACGCGCCAGACCGGUUCACUUACCACCUUCUGGUCAAGAUGUUGUGCGAGGCGAACCGGCUUGAAUUAACGCUGCAAAUGCUUCAGGAGAUGAGAAAUAAUGGUUUUGAGCCAGAUCAAGCGACCAGCACCAUGCUGAUACAUUUGCUUUGCCGACGCCAUCGCUUUGAGGAGGCUUUUGCGGAGUUUGAGCAGAUGUUUGAGAGAGGGAUUGUGCCCCAGUAUAUCACUUACCGGAUGCUUAUGAAAGAGCUAAAGCGGCUUGGUUUAGUCAAAUUGGUACAGAAGUUGGCAGAUCUAAUGCGUUCAGUUCCACAUUCCACAAAGUUACCUGGCAGUUACAGGGAUAAGGAAGGAGAUGAUGCUAUAGAGAAGAAGAAAUCAAUAUUACUGAAAGCCCAGGCUGUUUCAGAUGUUUUGAAGGAUUGUAAAGAUCCGAAGGAACUGCACAAGCUCAAAGAUCCUGAAGAAACUGAUGUCCAAGUUGCAGACAGGAUUGUAGCCAACAUUAGGAGAAGAGUAUAUGGAGAAGUCUCAAGGAUAGUGUCAUCUGUUUCUUGA